AUGUCUGAAUUUGCCAAACUGUCUUCCUUCGGCCUUGAGGCCUGCUUCCGGUACCAUGUUCACAACUCUCCCGAUGCCACUGCCGUAGUAGAAGGCGACCAGUCCAUCACCUAUCACGAACUAAACGAGCGCGUGAACAAGCUUGUUCCUGUCCUCACAAGGGAGAGCUUGCGCCCAGAAGAGCCCAUUGGCAUCUUAUUGCCCUCCGGAAUUGCCAAUGUUGCCUCUCAGAUAGCAGUCCUCCGCGCCGGGGCCACCUGCGUGCCUCUAGAUCUGUCGCUCCCUGACCAGCGUAUUCGCGAUCUGUUGAACGCUUUAAAUGCGCGCUUGGUCAUGACCGUCAAGGGCGAGCAGACAAGAUUUAACGAGUUCCACGCCAUCUUCCCGGCGGCCGAGCUGGCCGAUCUGCACCAGAAUGGGUUCCACGACGAUCCGAUUCCUGAGCCCACCGGCAAGAGCCACCGUACCCAUAUUCUGCACACUUCGGGCACCACCGGCCUGCCGAAGCCCGUGGAGAUCCUGUCCCAAGGAAUCACCCGCAUGGCCUUCAACACGCAAGUGGUCCAAUUCACCAGCUCGGACCGGGUGGCGCAGAUUUCGGCGCCGAGCUUCGACGCCGCCCUAUUCGAGAUCUGGACUACCCUGGCGCGUGGUGGUGCCAUCGUUACUCUGCCGAAGAGCGUGGUCGUCGACCCUGUCGCACUGUAUGAGAGCUUCAACAAGUAUCAGAUUAACACUAUUUUGCUCACCACGGCAUUGCUGAACCAUGUCGUCUCGGUCAUUCCUGACGCCUUCAAGGACCUCGACUAUGUCCUCACCGGCGGCGAAGCUGCCAAUUCCACUGUUAUGCAAGCCGUGCUCGACAACGGCGCUCCGAAGCAUCUCGUGCACGCCUACGGUCCCACAGAGGGUAGCAGCAUUGCUACCUACCACCUGGUGACGUUGGAGGAGGUUCGUCAAGGAUUGACGCCUAUCGGUCGACCGCUCGAUGAGACCACCAUCUACCUUCUCGACGAGAACCUACAGCCCGUUGCGGAUGGCGAGUCCGGAGAAAUGUAUAUCGGAGGGUCCGGUGUCGCCCGAGGAUAUUUGGGUCGUCCUGACGCACACGCAAAGGCCUUCCUGGAUCUGUCUCACCUGUCGAAAGAUGGUUCGUCCGUCAAGGUUUACAAGACCGGCGAUCUGGCGCGGAAGCUGGAGUCUGGCGCCCUAGAGUUCAUGGCCCGUGCCGACAACAUGAUCAAGAUCCUCGGAUACCGCAUCGAACCCGGUGAGAUUGAGGGUGCUCUGCUCAAGAGCGACAUGGUUCAUGCCACCGUGGCUUUGCCCAUCCGCCGGCCCGGAAAGGAGAUGUACAUCACGGCUUUUGUGCAGCCGAAAGAGAACGCUAGCUUCUCCCUCGCCCAGCUGGACUGGUACUUGCGCAAGAUCCUUCCCUCCUACAUGGUUCCCCGUUUGGAAGUCGUCGAGCGAUUCCCUUUCACCGUGCACGGCAAGAUUGACCGGGCCGCAGUUGUGGCCAAGCAUAUCCAGGAGACUGAACGAGCCGAGCAGAAGGCUCUCGAGUCGGUCGACUCGAACGGCAAUGUCGACAGUUCGACAUGGCUACGUGCUCUGUGGACCUCCGUCCUGGGCAUCAGCAACAUCACGUCUAACAGCAACUUCUUUCAUUUGGGUGGCAGCUCUCUACAGGCUGCUGCUUUGCUGGUCCACAUCCGUCGCCGAUAUGGCCUUUCCCUGACGAUGCAACAGAUCUACGACUUCCCCACCCUCGAGACGCUAGCGGCAGUUAUUGACGCCGGCAAGACCAACAACAAGAUCGACCACUCGCGUCUGGGCAUGUUCAUCGCCGACUCCCAGCUUGCCAAAGACAUCGCAGUGCCUGCCGGCGAGGCCCCCAACUGGCGAGACCCCUCGGAAGGACGAGUGUUCCUGACCGGUGCGACGGGCUACCUCGGGACCUACUUCUUGCGCCACCUGAUCGACCAGCCCGACGUCAAGGUUGUCCGCUGUCUUGUCCGCGCCGCCGACACCUACUGGGCGCGUGGCCGCCUUAUCGCCGCGCUGAAAAAGUACGGCCUCGACCAGGAGGAGAACCUCGACAAGAUCUCGGCUGUUGCUGGUGACCUGGGCAAGGACCUCUUCGGUCUCCCAGAGGCUGAGUUCCAAGAACUCGGGAUCUGGAGCAGCGUUGUCUUCCACGCCGGCGCUCACAUCAACUACAUUCAGCCUUACGAGAAGCACCGCGACACCAACGUCAUUGGCACGCUGAACUGCAUCAAGCUUGCCACGACGGGCCGGCCCAAGGCUCUGCACUACAUGUCCACGGCAGCCGUCACGGGCCCCGUGGCGCAUUUCACCGGCGAAGAGCGAAUCAUGGAGGACACAGAACUCGGCGAAUUCCAAGCCUGGCUCCCAUACGACAUUGGAUACACACAAAGCAAAUGGGUCUCGGAACAAAUGGUGCACAGCAUGAUCGCGAAGGGUCUCCCUGCGACCGUCUUCCGCUCAGGAUUCAUCAUGGGUGACUCGGAGCGCGGAAAAGCCAACAUCGAUGACUUCAUGGGCCGCGUCUUUAUCGGCUCCAUCAAACUUGGCGUCCGGCCUAUCCUCCCCAACCAAAGCAAAGUCAUGAUCCCCGUGGAUUUUGUCACGCACGCGCUCGUCCACAUCACCUCCAACACAGCGAACUACAACCGCGUGUUCCACAUCGUGCCGCAGACCCCGGAGGAAGACAAAGACGUGGAAACUUGCUGGGAAAUGCUCGAGGAAUGCGGCUACCCCUUAAAAGCGCUCCCUUACAAGGAUUGGCUUGAGGCUCUCUCCUCGGAUAAAGAUCUCCUGGCGAACCCACUUCUCCCGAUGUUGCCUGUUCUGCAGGAACCCGUGCGGAAGACCCGCACGCGGUGGGAGCUGUACGAGGACAUGGCGCAGUAUGACAUCACGAACACGAAGCGGGCGUUGGCGGAUAUGCCGAAGCGGCGGACCGGGUUUGUGAUGGAGGAUUUGGAGAGACAUGUGGCCGAUUGGGUAGAGAGGGGACUGGUGCCUGCUAGAGGGUAA